UUGUCACCCCAGAGCCCAGCUGAGAGCCUGGCACCAAGCAGGCCUUGGAAAAUGUUGGCAGCACAGCAGGUAACCCUAAUAGUCACACACAUCCCUGCUGACAGUAGCUCUUGCUUCCUCGUAGGGAGGCAGCUUCCAUGGAGCGAAAGAAAUGCCAGGACCCUGCCCAGACAGAAGUGGGCCAGCCUCAGCACCGACGGCCAGCACGCAGAUAGCAGAGCCGGCCCCCAGCUGCUGUUUACAGCUUGCUCUUGUUCCACAUGGUUGCUCCUGGGCCCCUCUCCCAGGCAAGGGGAGAUCUGAGCAUGUGUCCUGUCGGAACAUCCGGACGCUCCGGCUCCCCCACCCCCAGUGCUCCUUUCCCUCCCCACGUGGGGGUUUUGAGCAGUGUGUCGGGGCCUUCGCAGCAGCAGCAGAGGUGGUCGCAGCAGCAGAGGCUGAACCAUGAUUCCAGUGACGGAGCUCCGCUACUUUGCGGACACGCAGCCGGCGUACCGGAUCCUGAAGCCGUGGUGGGACGUGUUCACCGACUACAUCUCCAUCGUCAUGCUGAUGAUCGCCGUCUUCGGGGGCACGCUGCAGGUCACCCAGGACAAGAUGAUCUGCCUGCCCUGUAAGUGGGUCACCAGGGACUCCUGCAACGACUCCUUCCGGGGAUGGGCCGCCCCCGCCCCCGAGCCCGCCUACCCCAACUCCACGGUGCCGCCGACCCCGGACACGGGCCCCACGGGCAUCAAGUACGACCUGGACCGGCACCAGUACAACUACGUGGACGCCGUGUGCUACGAGAACCGCCUGCACUGGUUCGCCAAGUACUUCCCCUACCUGGUGCUGCUGCACACGCUGAUCUUCCUGGCCUGCAGCAACUUCUGGUUCAAGUUCCCGCGCACCAGCUCCAAGCUGGAGCACUUCGUGUCCAUCCUGCUCAAGUGCUUCGACUCGCCCUGGACCACGCGGGCCCUGUCGGAGACGGUGGUCGAGGAGAGCGACCCCAAGCCGACCUUCAGCAAGAUGAACGGCUCCAUGGACAAGAAGUCGUCGACGGUCAGCGAGGACGUGGAGGCCACCGUGCCCAUGCUGCAGCGGACCAAGUCCCGCAUCGAGCAGGGCAUCGUGGACCGCUCGGAGACGGGCGUGCUGGACAAGAAGGAGGGGGAGCAGGCCAAGGCGCUGUUCGAGAAGGUGAAGAAGUUCCGGACCCACGUGGAGGAGGGCGACAUCGUGUACCGACUCUACAUGCGGCAGACCAUCAUCAAGGUCAUCAAGUUCGUCCUCAUCAUCUGCUACACCGUCUACUACGUGCACUGCAUCCAGUUCGACGUGGACUGCACCGUGGACAUCGAGAGCCUGACGGGCUACCGCACCUACCGCUGCGCCCACCCGCUGGCCACGCUCUUCAAGAUCCUGGCGUCCUUCUACAUCAGCCUGGUCAUCUUCUACGGCCUCAUCUGCAUGUACACGCUGUGGUGGAUGCUGCGCCGCUCCCUCAAGAAGUACUCGUUCGAGUCCAUCCGCGAGGAGAGCAGCUACAGCGACAUCCCCGACGUCAAGAACGACUUCGCCUUCAUGCUGCACCUCAUCGACCAGUACGACCCGCUCUACUCCAAGCGCUUCGCCGUCUUCCUGUCGGAGGUCAGUGAGAACAAGCUGCGCCAGCUGAACCUCAACAACGAGUGGACGCUGGACAAGCUGCGGCAGCGGCUCACCAAGAACGCACAGGACAAGCUGGAGCUGCACCUGUUCAUGCUCAGCGGCAUCCCCGACACCGUGUUCGACCUGGUGGAGCUGGAGGUGCUGAAGCUGGAGCUGAUCCCGGACGUGACCAUCCCUCCCAGCAUCGCCCAGCUCACGGGCCUCAAGGAGCUGUGGCUGUACCACACGGCCGCCAAGAUCGAGGCGCCCGCCCUGGCCUUUCUGCGCGAGAACCUGCGGGCGCUGCACAUCAAGUUCACGGACAUCAAGGAGAUCCCGCUGUGGAUCUACAGCCUGAAGACGCUGGAGGAGCUGCACCUGACGGGCAACCUGAGCGCCGAGAACAACCGCUACAUCGUCAUCGACGGGCUGCGCGAGCUCAAGCGCCUCAAGGUGCUGCGGCUCAAGAGCAACCUGAGCAAGCUGCCGCAGGUGGUGACGGACGUGGGCGUACACCUGCAGAAGCUGUCCAUCAACAACGAGGGCACCAAGCUCAUCGUCCUCAACAGCCUCAAGAAGAUGGUGAACCUGACCGAGCUGGAGCUGAUCCGCUGCGACCUGGAGCGCAUCCCCCACUCCAUCUUCAGCCUCCACAACCUGCAGGAGAUCGACCUCAAGGACAACAACCUCAAGACCAUCGAGGAGAUCAUCAGCUUCCAGCACCUGCACCGCCUCACCUGCCUGAAGCUCUGGUACAACCACAUCGCCUACAUCCCCAUACAGAUCGGCAACCUCACCAACCUCGAGCGCCUCUACCUGAACCGCAACAAGAUCGAGAAGAUCCCGCCCCAGCUCUUCUACUGCCGCAAGCUGCGCUACCUGGACCUCAGCCACAACAACCUGACCUUCCUCCCCGCCGACAUCGGCCUCCUGCAGAACCUCCAGAACCUGGCCAUCACGGCCAACCGGAUUGAGGCGCUGCCCCCAGAGCUCUUCCAGUGCCGGAAGCUGCGGGCCCUGCACCUGGGCAACAACGUGCUGCAGUCGCUGCCCUCGCGGGUGGGCGAGCUCACCAACCUCGCCCAGAUCGAGCUGCGGGGCAACCGGCUGGAGUGCCUGCCAGUGGAGCUGGGCGAGUGCCCGCUGCUCAAGCGCAGCGGCCUGGUGGUGGAGGAGGACCUGUUCAACACGCUGCCCCCCGAGGUGAAGGAGCGGCUGUGGAGGGCCGACAAGGAGCAGGCUUGAGCCGCGGCCGGGAGCGCAGGGCCGCCCGCUGUGGCUGGCAGUGGGACCACCGGAGGUCCUCCGGCCCAGGGACCCAGAAACCCCGAAACCCCAGGACAGCCGGCCCAGCCCCUCGGCCAGGGCAGCAGCCUGGGGUUGGACGCGAGCUGGGCCCGGGUGACAGGACAGUACCUGAGGGGCUGGCCCCUUUUCUCCCUCUGAGACUCACUCCCCCAGGGCAGGUGCCUGCUGGGGAGAUCAGAGACCUAUAAUCUGAAUCAGAGUGCAGUGUUUGGACAAUCAGGGCCUCCCUGGAGGCCAUCUCUGCCCCGGAGGCUGAGCCGAUGCCAGAGGUCCAGGGGCGUCUCCUGAGCUCCUGGUAUUUAUUUCUCUCCCUCCCCCCCCCCAGAUAACUGGCACAUUCCCAAGAAAGUUCCGCUCAGGUGGGGGUGUCUAAGGAAGGGUGGGCUGUUUUGCUUUUCCUUUUGUGGCAAUGCCACCAGCAUUUAGUGCCCACCCAGACUCAGCAGAGUGGCCCGGGGUGAGCCAGCUGUGGGCCGGGCGCCCCCACGGUACCGGGCCAAGCUCUGGCGGUGCAGCCCGUGGGAGAGCAGGCCACCGGAGGGAAGGCCGGGUCUGGGGCUUGCCUCAUCUGUUUUAGAUUUUUUUUUUUUU